AUGGCUCCGCCAGCCCGCUGGGAGCCCAUCCGUGCUGUGUUGGAGCGAGACUUGGGCGCCUCAGUCGCAGAGGUGUUUGAGGAUAUCGACUGCGAGCCUCUCGGUGCCGCGAGCAUCGGCCAGGCUCACCGUGUGAUGUGGCGCGGCAGGCCAGCUGUUGUCAAGGUCCAGUAUCCGGAUGCCGCGAGCAUGCUUUGGGCCGACUUCCGAUGCCUGGAGCUGCUGCUGCGACUUGUGAACACGGAGGCCUUGGUCAUCUUGCGUCAGGUGAAACAACAGUUCUCCGUUGAGCUCGACUACACCUCCGAGGCCAACCAUUUGCAAGAAGUCUACUCUGCGUUCCAA